UAGACUGCAACAGGUAUUUCAGCGAGAACUAUGUCACGUCCUCUCCUGUAUUCCAACAGGUGUACUUUCCCUGUGUCCUGCGCCUCCUGGUGACGUGUCCCCUCUUCAGCUCACUCGUGUCUCAAUCACGCCAGGUAUCGAUGGACUAAUCGUUCACUUUCCGUCCCUCUGGUUAGCUCGCCGCAGCCGCGUACCACAAGGGCCUUGAAACCUUGCUAAGCCAACACCUCCCUCGUAACAGUCCCACUCGGCAAUUAGCGGGUUGAGGCGCGGCUCUGACCGUCCCUGGGCUUACGACACGCCCCUCUCGGCCCUCCUGAAGACGGCGCCGCGGCGGGAAGGCAGGCUCGCUAUAUAAGUGUGUCAGCGGAGGCGUCUUGACAGUUCCACCGAGUGUCCCGAAGUAGCACCAUGUUCCUCAGACUCCUGGUGUCGUUGGUCGUGCUGGCCGUCGCGCUGGCUGAUGGAACUUCCCGCGUGGGCGUGAGGAACGCCAGGUCCUCAACUUACGGCGUGCGUCAUCCGCCCGCUCACCGUCACCGCCCCGCCCACCACCCACAGCCCGCCUACGGCCACCACGAGCCCGCCGAGCCCGCCUGCGCCGCCAACACCACCAAGCCGUGGUGCCUCGAGGACGCCGAGUACCCGCUGUACGAGAUCAAGCACGCAGCGGAGUAUCACUACGAGAAGCUCCUGUCCCUGUACGCCGACGUGGCUGACCUCAGCACCGAGCUGUCCGUGGAGCGGCCCAAAACCCUGGACGAGGAGACCUACCUCUGCCCCUCCGUCACCGCCUACGUCAGGCCGCUGCGCGCCAUCAACACGGAGGGCAAGUGGCGCGUCAUCGUGAACAAUGUGGACGUGCACUACGAGACCCUGACGCAGACCACCCGCGUGGAGGAGUGUCUCACCGCCGGCGACGCCUGCCCGCUGGUGCCCGAUUGCUACGAGUCCUCCUGCCUGCAGAAGUCCAUCUACCACCGCUUCCUCGUCUACGACCCCUACGACCAGUACUUCCCCUUCGCCGUGGAGACCUUCAAGCUGCCCGCCAGCUGCGCCUGCCUGCUCGGCGCCUCCACCCUCGACCACUAACUCCAAGACAUGACAACUGAAACACCUCACUAACCCUCGGACAAACCAUGCAGUUAGUAACUAAUUUAUGCCAACUUCUCUUGCCUAGCAUACAAGAAAUAGCGGUACUAAGGACAGCCUAUGUACCCCUAAAACUCUCUUUCCCUUGCCACCAUACCCUUUCUUUAUCCCUCCCUCUUAGACUUUCAUCCCUCUUACUUUCACCUACAACCUUUCUAGUUUUCUUCCAUCCAUCAUAGUCUUUCCUCCAUUCCUCAUGCCUCUCUCUCCACCCCUGGUCUCUCUUUUCCUAGCUCUCUCGUUCUCGUGGCGCCUUACAGUCAGUCAGUCAGUCAGUCAAUCGAUCAGUCAGUCCCUGCUGGUGUAGUGGUACGUGAAGAAAGCAGUUCUCAUUAUCUCGGAGCAAAGAAACAACAUCCACCACCUCAAGGAGAAAGUGAUCAUGUUAUUCAAUCUUAUUAGUCCGUAAGGCACCUCAGAAAAUUAAUUUAUUACAGUGCUCUUUAAAUGUACAGCAACUUUUACCCUUUACUGUUUAUGUAUUCAGUUGUGUGGUCUUUUUAUUCCUUCAGGCAAAUCAAACACUUCAUUUGUCUUUUUUAUUCUGAAUCUUACGGCCUGAAAUUCCUGUUACUCUUUAAAAUUCUUCUAACUUUUGAAAAUUCUCAGUAACUCUUUAAAAUUCUUGUUACUCUCAAAAUGUAUGUAGCUCUUUUAAAAAUUUCUUCUAACUUCUAUAAAUCGUGAAACUUAAAAUUCUUACAACUUUUGAAAAUUUUGUUACUCUUAAAAAAUCUAUGGAUCUUUUCUUCUGACUGUUGAAAAUCUUGUAACUUUUCAGAUUCUUUAAACCUGAAAUUCCUGUAACUAUAAAAUUCUAGUUACAAUACUUCUGAAAUUCAAAAAACUUUCAAUCGUUCUCAUUUCUUUAUUCGAGUACCAGACAUUCUCUCUCUCUCUCUCUCUCUCUCUCUCUCUCUCUCUCUCUCUCUCUCUCUCUCUCUCUCUCUUUUAAACAAAUAUUUACAUAAAGGCUUAAAAUUCCACGUUGAGUAUGGAAUUAAACUCUCUCUCUCUCUCUCUCUCUCUCUCUCUCUCUCUCUCUCUCUCUCUCUCUCUCUCUCUCUCUCUCUCUCUCUAACUCCAGGCGUGUGUACUUUCGUUGUAACAAUAGCAUAUAAUUAUAUACAUAAAUACAAACACUGUC